GAGAGGCUAAUCCGGAGUGCAGCUCUCUCUGAUCCCGUCUCUGCGGCUCCGUGAGCUCUCCUCCUCACUCUCUCCAAGUCUCUGUGGACCGAGUGGACCUAUCUGCUGCCUCCAACCUUCAAACAAUCCUCAGGUAAUACCCCAGACCUGUUACCAUGGCAAACUCAUUCACCCGUAUGAUGUCUGGCCGAAACACGGCUGUGAUGUUGGCCAGCGUUGGAGCAGGAGCCCUGGCGUCUGGAUACCUGCUCAGUGACAUGACUGCUGCUGCUGAGAGGAGGAGGGCCUACCCACCCAGUGCUGACUUCCCCGACCUGAGGAAGCACAACAACUGUAUGGCAUCAGCCCUGACCCCAACCAUCUAUGCACGUCUGAGGGACAAGACCACUCCCAACAACUGGACCAUAGACCAGUGCAUCCAGACUGGGGUGGACAACCCUGGACACCCCUUCAUCAAGACUGUGGGCAUGGUUGCUGGAGAUGAGGAGAGCUAUGAGGUGUUUGCAGAGCUCUUCAACCCUGUCAUCAAGGACAGACACAACGGCUACGACCCUCGCACCAUGAAGCAUCCCACUGACCUGGAUGCGUCCAAGAUCAGCUCAGGAAUGUUCGAUGAGCGCUACGUGUUGUCUUCCCGUGUCCGUACCGGUCGUAGUAUCCGUGGGCUGAGUCUUCCUCCUGCAUGUACUCGUUCUGAACGCCGUGAGGUGGAGCGCGUGGUGGUGACGGCUCUGUCUGGUCUGAAGGGAGACCUGUCUGGACGCUACUACAGCCUGAUAGACAUGACGGACAAAGAACAGCAGCAGCUCAUCGAUGAGCACUUCCUGUUUGAUAAACCAGUGUCACCUUUGCUAACAGCAGCUGGAAUGGCCAGAGAUUGGCCUGAUGCUCGUGGGAUCUGGCACAAUAAUGAGAAGAACUUUUUGAUCUGGAUCAAUGAGGAGGACCACACUCGGAUCAUAUCUAUGGAGAAAGGAGGAAACAUGAAGAGAGUGUUUGAAAGGUUCUGCAGAGGUCUGAAGCAGGUGGAGCAGCUGAUUCAGGAGCGAGGCUGGGAGUUCAUGUGGAACGAGCGUCUGGGUUACAUCCUCACCUGCCCCUCCAACCUCGGAACAGGACUCAGGGCUGGGGUUCACAUCCGCCUGCCCUUCCUCAGCAGGGACCCUCGCUUCAAAAAGAUCCUUGAAAACCUGAGGCUACAGAAGAGAGGAACAGGAGGUGUGGACACGGCUGCUUCUGGAGAUACUGUUGAUAUCUCUAACCUCGACCGUCUGGGCAAAUCAGAGGUGGAGCUGGUGCAGUUAGUGAUCGAUGGCGUAAACUACCUGAUUGAAUGUGAGAAGAGGCUGGAGAGGGGGCAAGACAUCAAGAUCCCCUCCCCCAUCCCUCAGUUCAGGAAGUGAACCACAUCACCUACUAAAGGAAACCUGGAAUAGAGCUGGCAUUCCAACCACCGGUCGAAAAAAUGUUGGUCUUACAUGAUUUACGUGAGAUGUAGAGCAUUGUACCAACCUGUGCUUGAAUUCUUAACCCAAUAAAUUGAAAAUAGAUUAAACCUGA